UGUCAGGGUGUAGCCACGUGCAAGCGAGUCAGAUCCUCAGCGUGCUGUCUGUCCUACGAUCAGAGACACCGGUCCCGAUACCAAGGAUUUACAAAUACACAUCAAUAUACAAAUAAGAUCAACUAGAAUUUCAAUUUGAAGCAAAAGGAAGCAGAAGACAGACCCAAGAGUACCAGGAUGACUACCCAGAAGAGUGCCCCAGUGGACCGAGGCUGUGCUGUAGCCGUCAUCAUCUUCAUCCUGGUACUGGGCACACUGCUGCCAUGGAACUUCUUCAUCACUGCCAUGGAGGUACCACAGCUUCUCUGUCACACCCACACAGCAUCACUGCCAUGGAGGUACCACAGCUUCUCUGUCACACCCACACAGCAUCACUGCCACGGAGGUACCACAGCUUCUCUGUCACACCCACACAGCAUCACUGCCACAGAGGUACCACAGCUUCUAUGUCAUACCCACCCACCCACACAGCAUCACUGCCAUGGAGGUACCACAGCUUCUCUGUCACACCCACACAGCAUCACUGUCACGGAGGUACCACAGCUUCUCUGUCACACCCACACAGCAUCACUGCCAUGGAGGUACCACAGCUUCUGUCACACCCACACAGCAUCACUGCCAUGGAGGUACCACAGCUUCUCUGUCACACCCACACAGCAUCACUGCCAUGGAGGUACCACAGCUUCUCUGUCACACCCACACAGCAUCACUGCCAUGGAGGUACCACAGCUUCUCUGUCACACCCACACAGCAUCACUGCCAUGGAGGUACCACAGCUUCUCUGUCACACCCACACAGCAUCACUGCCAUGGAGGUACCACAGCUUCUCUACCUCAUCACAACCUGUCACACAGACUCACAACAAAAAUUUUAACUGAUUGACAUGGAUGAAUAUUACACAUUCAGGCAAUACUGUCUAAUAUUAGUUUGUUCUGUGUUGAGAGUAGGGGGCUUGUGUCACCUCUGUUCUCCCAUUGUUUUCUGCUGAAGUAUUUUGACGACCGCCUCAAGGGGACUGCGUCAAGUAUCGGAUCGACCUUGGUUACUAACGGGACCACCCCGGUUACUAACGGAACCACCCAGGUUACUAAAGGAACCACCCCGGUUACUAAAGACUACAGGUUUGCCAGCUGGAUGACUCUUCUAGCCCAGUUACCCCUCCUCCUCUUCACCCUGGCCAACUCCUUCCUGUAUCAGCGGUGGUGAGCAACAACUACAGGGUUCUAUGUGUGUUACUGUUGUUUCCACCUCUAUAGUGUAGUGGUCUAACUCAACCUUUAUCUUGUGUGGCGGUAGGAUCAAAGAGAAGAUCCGGAUUACUGUCAGUAUGUUCUCCAUCCUCUUCCUCCUCACUGCAAUCAUGGUGUGCCCAUGCAGCCUCACAGCUUCUUCUCUAUCACCAUGGCAACUAUAUGGUUCAUCAACUCCGAGUUGGUUCCCACCCGUCUUCAUGUCUUUGGGUCCGGUUGUAUAUAAUGUAAUUAGUAAUCAUAUACACUACUGUUCAAAAUUUUGGGGUCACUUAUAAAUGUCCUUGUUUUUGGAGGAAAAGCUGAUGUCCAUUAAAAUAACAUCAAAUUGAUCAGAAAUGUAGAGUAGACACCCGCAAAACACCGGUCUCAACGUCAACAGUGAAGAUGCUGGCUUUCUAGGCAGAGUUGCAAAGUAAAAGCCAUUUCUCAGAC